UUAUCAUUCUGGAUCUGGGUAAACAUAAUAUUAUUAUUCCGAUUGCGGUAGCCGUGAUUUUGGUUGAUUCGAUUAAAUCCUUCAGUUGGAAUACACAGUAUCUACAAUAAAUUGCAAUUACUGUUUUGCACUGAACAUCACGUAAAAUGGAACAUCAACCCAAACUAGAAGCAGAAGUUGCUACGCCGCAGCCGUCACCUGUGAAAAUGGAAGCGAACCGGUACGGUUCAGUGUACCAGCUGAAACUGUUGAUGCUUUUCCUGAAACGCGGUUUAAACCAUGGAUAUUCGUUCCGGCUGACAUUAGAGAAGUUUGAAGAUGUUUUGUUCCAGCGCACCGAUAAAGCUAGCAAUAGGCAAAUCUGCCGAUUUAUGCAAAUCAAGCACGCCCCGAAUGAUUCCAUUGCAAUCGAUAUGAAAGCUUUUCUAGAUGAUGAGAACAGUAAUUUCAGCUUGAAGAGGUGUUUUCUUUUGUAUAGAGUUAUCAAGCAGGAUCCGGAGAUCGGGAAAACUCUGAAAGAUUUUGUUAUUUGUACUCGAGCUGACGUAGAUGAGGAGAUCAAGGAUUGGUUUCAGAUUGAUUACGAACAGGACAGUAUCCUGGAUUACGGGGAGCUGAAGUGCAAACAAUUGAAAUUUCGAAAAUCGUUCCCCGGGAAAGAAGAUUUGGUUAGUAAAAUACAGGAAGUUUCUGUAGUGUUCAUGUUGGCCAAAAAGCUCGCCGAGUGUGUGUUGGAAAAGAAGCCUGUGUCUAUGGAUGAUGAUUUAUUUAGAAAGUUUCACGUUGUGCUAGGAGCAAAAGUGCUCAAUUCAAGGAACUGCAUACACAAGGAGAUGAAAGGGAAAAAUCGCAGAUUGUCUCAUUAUUUCGUAAAGUUCCGUAAAGACUUUUUGCAAGGAAAUUCGCCGGAGGUGGACACGUUCAGACAUGCUUUUGCGAAGGCAUAUCAAAGUAUGGCACCACCGCACCAGAUGGAUGUUUGGUCGCAGUUGAAGACGGUUGAGCUACGGGUUUCGCCGGCAUUCGUCAAGAAGCCAGCAUCGUAUUGGGCGAAGUUGCCGAAUGAUGCGGUUCCUAUAGGUGUUAUCGAGGAGUUUCUCGAUACACUCGUGUUCGCAGUAAACCAACCCAGCAUGAAACAGUUGGAUAGCGUUAUCGGAGAUGAGAUGGGUGACCAUAAGACGACAAAACUAAUCGGCCAUGAAGUGAUAUCCUGCAUUUUUCAGGAUAACUUGCUCAACUGGAUGAAGAGUACCAAAACAAACACUCUUACCCAUCAAGAUGGGGUGGCAUUUUUCGAGCAAGUCAAAUAUCAACUAGUAAAAAUGGGAGUAAUGUUUCCAGGCAUGAGCUGUGAAUCAAAAAUGGAACAGUUUGGGUUAGUUUUCACAAAGGAACUGCCCCGUGUAGUUGAUUUCUUGAAUUCAACCGAUAAACAAAUCUUAAACACUGUCAGUUUCACCAGCACUGAGUUGAGUACCCUUAAGGUGUAUCAAGCUGUGUUGAGACAUCAGGCACCCGACAGUUGCAUUUGUCUUACGCUGAAUUGCUUGCAACAUAUGCGACAUCGACUAAUAAAAAUGAUGAUGUCGAAUGAGUCGUACAACGUUCUGAUUCUUGAGUGUAGACCUACGAGAAAGAACUCAAACACCAUGCAAACUGAAGUGCGUGAAAUCUAUUCACACUUGAAGGAUUUUUUCAACUACUAUCCAAAUAGAAAAAUUAUACUGGUGACAUAUACGGGAAACUUGAUGAGUGCGGAGUUCAAAAAAGAUUUUCCCCACGCGUACGAAGAAUGGGACGAUGUAACUGGAAACGUGACGGAUCUAGCAUCGCCCAAAUUACUACUGAAGAGCAAGCAGGUUAUAUUCCAAGGAAAUCCAGUCUACUUGGACGAAUUGGUGGACGAAAACAGUCAACGGUUGAUCGAUGACGAAGUAUUAUCUAAACUGAUCACUAAUUUCGACAUACAGAUUGGUAGCAAACGUUCAGAUCUGCGGCCGCUGGAUACCUUGACCAGAAGAUCAUCGAGAAAAGUGAAAGUGGAACACCUCCGAGAAUUGUUUCAGAUGGUUGGCCAACGGCACGUAAUGGUUGUUAGCGGGCUACGAAGCAAGAAUGAGGCCUGUGAGUUGCUCUCCAUACGGCAGGAGGAAGUGAAAAAUUACGGUGAGAGCUUGGAUGUGCACAACGAUAAAUGUGUGUUGUUGACCGGGGGCCACGAUGAGAAGCAUUUGAAAAGUUUUAAGGAAGUUUCCAAUGAAUUCGAACAGAUGGAUUUGCCGUGGACUGCUCAUCUUAUCAAUGUGAAGGGCGAUGAAAUUACUUGGAACUAUUCGUAUGAUAAAUUUUACUACGUUCAACGCAAUUUUAUUGGAAUUUUAAUAAAUAGGGACACACUGAAGAAGGUUGUUGAGCAAGAAUCUAGAAAUAUCAGACGGAAAAUUAUUUUCGCCAUUAGUGGAUUGGACAACGCCAGUCAACAGCUCGGCGAAGUUACCGCAGUCGAAGAUAUUCCAAAGGAUGAACAUAUUUCCGAACAGAUCGAAGAUGUUAAACCGGUAAAACGUGUAUUGAUUGUCAAUAUCGGAAAUGUGAAUGAUACUAAAGGAUUCGAGGACUUGUGCAAAAAGGUCGAUAUUAAAUCGUAUAACAUUCAUUGGUUGCAAAAUGAGGACAAUGGACUACACUGGCUGCGCUCUCGAGGUGAUGUUCAUGAAAUGUAUGAAUUGUUUGGUGAUGGGACUGGUCAACUUGCAAUUGACGAAAAUUUGCUGUUAGACAGAGAUAAUGUAACGGUCAUUGCUGGUGAACCAGGGUCCGGAAAGUCAACCACUUUGAAAUAUUUAGCUGAAAAGCUGUCAAAGUCCGAAUGGGUUAUUUUGCUAACAUUGUCAGCUGUUAAAGCCAAACUGGAGUGGAUGAAGGGGGACAACAGUUUGGAAAACAUCAUUGAGGAAUUCAUCGGUAAAACCAACGUCUGGGUAACAGAUAAAUUCGCGAGGGAACUGUUAAGGCAUCGAAUUCUGGAGCAAGGAAAUAUCACAUUGAUGUUCGACGGUUUCGAUGAAAUAGAUACCAAACACCAGGAUAAAGUUAUUCAACUGCUGAAAAAACUAAGGUUCACAAAAGCUAGGAUAGUGGUUUCUACCCGAAGUAGUGUGAAGGAUCGGUUGGAGAAAGCUUUUUGCGUAUUGGCGUGGGAUUUAGCACCGUUUACUGACGAGCAGCUUAGCGUUUUGAAGAGUGGGUGGACUUCGAGUUUAAAACUAAUGAACGAAAAUGCUGUGGAUGAAGAAGUUCUACAUAACUAUGUCGAUAAAUUAACUAGACUGUUCCACAAAAAUAUUCGCGAUGGGAUGUAUGAGCCCAUAGCUAUUCCGAUGUUGCUGAAAAUUUUUGCCGUAACUCAACAAUCGUACAUCGAGGAGUUUUGUCGUAACCAGAAUACGCUUCAGGAGAUAGAUACACUAUCUCUUUCGGAUCUUUAUGAACAGUUCGUUAAAAGGAAGCAUGACGAUUGUGUGAAAGAGAAAACGAAACUGUUCAAAUUCAAUGACACUUCAGCACUGUACUUCAAGCGUACUUGCAUCGAUAACCACAGAGGGAUGGCUUUUCAUAAACUUUUCAAUGUAAGUCGAACUGAACAUUAUGAGUUGUACAGGAUUCCCACUAGAAAACAGAUGACUGAUUUAGAUAUGGUUGGCAUUGUUCAUCAAAAGCAGUUCAUCCAUCGAAGUUUCGGCGAGUACUUUAUUGCCGAUAUGCUUGUCAAUUUUUUGAAAGUUCUGCGUAAUGAAGAAAGUCCAGAAUACAAAAGGACAAGAAACUUCCUGAUAGUCCAUAUUCCCAAAGAUAGCUUCAAAGUGAUUCUUAAAUUUAUAACCCAAAAGGUUGAAUCGGAACGACAUGAAUUGCUAAGCCGACGAUGGAACCAGAUUAAAGGUUGCCAACUAUCAGUGAAUGUACCUCUUAAAUACAAAUUGACCAUUGCAAAUGGUUCCCCCGAAGCAGAGGAUAGUUUUCGUGAGGCCGCGAAAGAACCAAGUGCCAUUAAUCUACGGAAUGAAGUUGAAUCUCGCAUGCAGCUGCUCAGUACUUGGCAGCACUAUACAGAUGAAUAUUUCUGCAAUGACAAUAUGAAAAUCAUUGAUGCCGAGGAGCUUUUCAGGGAAAAUUUUACCGAUCGUAAUCUUCGAGGCAUGGUAGAAUCUUUUCGAUUGUUACAUCAAGCAAAUGCACGAUCGCUGUAUAAAACUGCUGACAGAGUUUGUGCGGAGUUUAUCCAAAAGGAGCGUACUCACUAUUUCACCCAAUGCGCGAUGCAAGGAACUAUUGAUGAAUCGGAAUUCAUGGAGGUUUACCACCCGCUGACAACGGAGCCAUUGGUAAUCGAAGCAGUUGAGCUAUUGGCGCAACUAAGAAGCGAAACAAUUGCCAGUCAGAAAAUAGAACCCAUUCACAAAUUGGUACACUUGCUUAUUCCAUAUGCAACACAGACCACACAUGCCGUUGCAUUUUUGGAAACUCUAAGCUUCCUGUGCAUGUACGUACAAUUGUUCCAUCCAACGGUAACCGAUCUUCUCAAAUCGUACAUUUCCACCAAUUAUGAAACUAAACAGGAGUACAUCUCGAGAACAGUUCAAUUUGCGACCAAAAUUCCCUACGAACUUCAACAAAGCCAAUCAAUCGAAACGCUACGUGGUUUCUUUAAUCGUUUAUUCCACGACGAGGACCUGAAAUCCAUUCUAGCGGAGACCUUUGCAGGCAAAGAGCAGGACUGGUUGAGCAGCGACGGUCUUCGGAUAAUUUGCUUUCUAGAAAUCCUGACCCCAGAGUUGUCGGAACGAUACCAACAAAAUAACGAACACCCGACUGUUGACGAGAAACGCACCGAUAGUAUCGUAUCCUGGGAUUUCCAAUUCGGCACAAUAAAAUAUCUACUGAAUAGAAUUCAGCAGGAAAUUGCUCCUCGCGUUGAUAAACCGGCCCUAUUAAAGUUGCUGAUGGGUAUUUUAGCGCGAUUUUUGGCGACUAUCCACCUACAGCGUACACAACUAACCUUCACGAGUAGACAACUGCGGACUACGCUAGAACUGAUAUCGGGAUCAUUUUCGAUUGGCUUGAUUCCAUCGGCAUCGACUCUGGCGGAAAAUGUACGAUGCCUUCACCUGCUGGCGAGUGCCGGUCUGAAGUUGAUCGAUGCCGACGGCAUACUUUUGGUAGCUGAUACCGCGAGUGAUUUUCAGCACAGAAUGAUAGAGGAUCAAGUGGCCCAUGCCAUUCAGGUGUGCUACUGGCUUAAAGAAAACGCUGCCGCAAUGACUGAGGCGAUUCUGCAAAAGUGCAGCGAAAUCAUUCGAUCAGGAAAGCGACGAAUAGCGGAUGACGGAUUGCAGGGCACGAAACGACCGAAAUUUGACUGGUCCAGUGAUUAUGUUUGAAUUGAACAAGGAGAUGUAAAAGAAACUUUUAUUAUAAUUUAUGUACUAAGAAAUACUUUAAAAGAGAUUAAAUCAUUACCAGAACGAAAA